AGCACGGUAUCCAUUAAAUUUUAGUGGCGCUGUUGGUAGUGUGCAUAGAUGGGGUCCACAUGAUAAUUAUUGGAAAACUGAGGGUAUUAAUGUAAUUACGCUACGCCACUAAUCACAAAUUUAUAUACCCUUUGUUCCCAUUGUCUUGCCUCACCUCAAACAAAAACAAAAAAAAUGGCCGCUGAGGAAAUCAUGGAGCUGUUCGACCAAAACUGGUUCUUCUCCAAACACAAAGAGCCUACGGGUCUCCCGCUGGAAAGAUCAAAUCAAGAAUCUGAGGGAAUCCAUGGAAGUAAAGAUCCAGAAAAGCCUCAAGAAUCCAAGAUUCCGCUUGAUGAAGCUUUUUUUACGCCGGGAAAUGUUCUUGUCGGGAGGUCUAUGAGUGAUCAGAACUUGAUGAGCUCGAAGACAAGCUUGUUCGGUUCCUCGGAUGAUCUGUUCUCGCCGACUUCGGUCCUCAACGUCAAACAUCAGGCGGGGAAGCUUCAGACGAUCCUCUCCGGCAAGGAAGUGACCGAGUUCUUGCCCGACGACGGCAGUCCGAAGCCAGAGAAAGCGUCUGAUGGUACAGAGGAGACGAAGGACACGGAGCAGAAGAAGAAGAAGAAACAUGAAGCGGGGAGAGCAAGGAGGAGAAAGAGCUUGUCGGAUUUGGAGUACCAAGAGCUGAAAGGGUUUAUGGAUCUGGGUUUCGUUUUCUCCGAGGAAGACCACAAGGAUUCUGAUCUGGUCUCGAUUCUUCCAGGACUGCAACGAAUCGGGAGGAACAACGGAGAAGACGACGAAACAGAUGAAAACAAGGAGAAGAGAAGCGGAAACAGAGGAGGAAGACCGUAUUUGUCGGAGGCGUGGAAAUUUCGGGGAGAAAGAACGGAGAAGAAACCUCCGCCGCCGGCGAUGAGGUGGAAAUUUCCGGCGCCGGCAAACGAAGUCGACAUGAAAGAUCAUCUCAGACUAUGGGCUCAUAACGUCGCAUCCUCCGUUAGAUAACGAAAUUUUCAUCGACCAUAAACCUCAAAAUACAUGUAUGAUCCCUUAAAUCUUAUCCAGUUUUGAUCAGCUUGGUGCAUACACUGCAUGAAAAAUGUACGAGUGUUUUCUGAUGAGUUCGCAGGGAAUAAGAUACACGUGUAUCUGUCUAUACGAUA